UUUUUAGAGAGAGAGAGAGAGAGAGAGAGAGGGGGGAUGGGGGAGAGAUGUAUUGUGUGGGUGAAGGUGAUGCUGGGCUUAGUGUACGCCGUUGGAUUAUGGGCGGGCGCCGAAUCACGACGAGAUCUCGCAGAAUCGGACGGUCGCAGGAGCUUGUUGGCCAAUGGCCUCGGAGUCACCCCUCCCAUGGGGUGGAAUAGUUGGAAUCACUUCAAUUGUUUAAUUAAUGAAACGGUUAUCAAAGAAACAGCUGAUGCACUAGUCUCAACUGGCCUUGCCAAGCUCGGCUAUCGAUAUGUGAACAUUGAUGAUUGCUGGGCGGAGCAAGAUCGCGAUUCGGAGGGUUAUCUGGUACCAAAUAGAGCAACAUUCCCCUCAGGAAUCAAGGCUCUUGCAGAUUAUGUUCACAGCAAAGGUUUAAUGCUAGGGAUAUACUCUGAUGCAGGAUACCAUACAUGCAGCAAACUGAUGCCAGGAUCACUUGGUUACGAGGAGAAAGACGCCGACACAUUCGCCUCGUGGGGUAUAGAUUACUUGAAGUACGAUAACUGUAACAACGGAGAUCUGAAGCCAAUGACGCGAUACCCGGUUAUGACUCGCGCCAUAAUGAAUACCGGUCGACCGAUCUUUUUCUCUUUAUGCGAAUGGGGGGAUAUGCACCCUGCUUUAUGGGGCGCCAAGCUCGGAAAUAGCUGGAGAACAACUAAUGACAUAAGUGAUUCAUGGGACAGCAUGCUGUCGAGGGCCGACCAAAAUGAAGUGUAUGCUGAGUACGCGAGGCCCGGUGGCUGGAAUGACCCAGAUAUGCUCGAGGUAGGGAAUGGAGGGAUGACCAGGGAUGAAUACAUUGUUCAUUUCAGCAUAUGGGCUAUUUCCAAGGCUCCCCUUCUUAUUGGAUGCGAUGUUCGUGAUUUAUCGAAGGAGACUUUCGAUAUCCUCGGCAAUAUGGAAGUCAUCGCGGUUAACCAAGAUUCUCUCGGUGUUCAAGCUAAGAAAGUGAGGAUGGAGGGAGAUCUGGAGGUUUGGGCUGGGCCUCUUUCCGGUUAUAGGACGGUGGUUGUGUUGCUGAACCGGUCCUCAAAGGAGAGCCCGAUCACCGCGCACUGGGACGAUAUCGGUAUCCCCCCUGAUACGAAGGUCGAAGUAAGAGACUUAUGGGAGCAUGAGUUAUUGGAGGAGAAGUUCAUAAACAAACUGUACUUCACCGUAGGCCCGCGUUCGUGCAGGAUGUUCGUGUUAAUGCCGCUACGGACGAAUGCCAGCUAGUAUUCCUGAAGAAUAUAUAUGUAUGUUAGUAAAAUUGGAUGUAAUUGGAUCAUUUUGAUUGUGAUCUUAAGACAAAUUGAAUAAAACUUGGCGCGAAGUCGCUAAAAGCUGCUCUCUGAUGUGGAUGAGAACUUGUGCUCCUGUAUCUGUUUCUGUUAAUGAAUAGUAACAGGCCUUUUAUGCAGCU